AUGUCUAACCCCGCCCAGCAAUUCGUCCACAACACUCUAGCCAAAUACCCCGGGGAGGAAUACAUCGACGGAUGGGCCGAGAUCUGGACCACGAACAAUUCUCCUCCGUGGGAUAAAGAAUCCCCCAAUCCGGCGUUGGAAGAUACAUUGACGCAGCAGCGGGCGACUAUCGGUGGUGCGAUUGCAACGGACGAAGAGGGGAAAAAGAAGUACAGGAAGAAGGCGUUGGUUCCGGGCUGUGGGAGGGGGGUUGAUGUGCUUCUUUUGGCGAGUUUUGGGUAUGAUGCUUAUGGAUUGGAGUAUAAUGGUGCUGCGAUUGAGGCGUGUAGGCAGGAGAAUUUGAAGAGUACUAAUAAUGGGGAUAAGUACCCUGUUAGGGAUGUGGAGGUUGGGCGGGGAGAGGAUGAUUGGUUGAAAGAGUUGGGGUUGGGGUUGAAUUGUUUUGAUUUGGUUUAUGAUUAUACGUUCUUCUGCGCGCUGAGUCCCUCGAUGCGGCCUGAUUGGGCUCUUCGGCACACCCAACUAUUGGCGCCUUCGCCACGAGGAAAUUUGAUCUGCCUUGAAUAUCCAAGACACAAGGACCCGUCGCUUCCGGGUCCUCCGUUUGGUCUCUCCUCGGAGGCUUACAUGGAGCACCUCAGCCAUCCCGGAGAGCAGAUCUCGUAUGACGCCCAGGGUCGAGGCAGAAUGGACCCUCUCCGCGAACCAAGCGAGCGAGGACUGGAACGAGUGGCUUAUUGGAAACCUGCUCGGACGCACGAAGUUGGCAAGAAUUCCAAUGGUGAGGUUCAGGAUCGAGUUUCCAUCUGGCGCCAGAGGUAA